AUGGGCAAUGCUUCAUCCUCAUCACAUGGUGGCAGCAAAAGCGCCCGCAAAUGUCGCAGUCUGCCGAACUCACCGGAUGUCAGAAGACAAAUCGCGCCCGCCUAUACGAAGGUCAAUGGCGGCACAGCCAUUCCGCUGCCCGCGACUGUCAUGGUCCAGCGUCGCUGCCCCCCGGACAAGGUGCGCCCGCUGCCCCCGACUCCGAAUCAUACGCCAUCCAUACCGGGCUUGGGCAAGAGCGGCAGCGAUUUUAAUAGCAGCCGUCCAAACAGUCCGCCCACCAGCAAUCACACUAUCCAGAGUCUGAAGAGCGGCAACAACAACAGCCUGCGUCCGCCGAGCGUGAAGAGCAGUCAUCAGAGCGGCAUUCCCUCGCCGAGCAGCCUGAAUGCGCCCACAGCGCCGCAGAAGCACUCGAUGCUGGACAAGCUGAAGCUGUUCAACAAGGAGAAGCAACAGAAUGCAGCAAAUGCAACGGCAGCGGUCGCAUCCAAUAAAACGCAAAUUCAAUCGAAGCGCACCUCCUCCUCCUCGGGCUUCAGUUCAGCGCGCUCGGAACGCUCCGACUCCAGCCUGAGCCUCAACGAUGGACACAAUUCACAGCUAAAGCCGCCCAGCAUUAGCGUCAGCGCUCAGAAGAGCCAACAGAAGCAGAACACAAAGCAGUCCAAGCUGCUGGCGGCGCAGCAAAAGAAGGAUCAAGGCAAACCCAAUAAGCUGGACAAGAAGGAAAAGAGUCCGGCCCGUUCGCUGCACAAGGAGGAGCAACAGACGCUCUCGGGCAGUGAAUCGCGCAGCUCCACAAUGGGACGUGCGGGCAAAAAUACGCUGGCUCGCGGCAAUUCUGAGAAGAAUACACUAAAGACGUCUUCCAAAACCUCGCUGCACUCCAAAUCCGAUUCCAAGUGCUCGCUGAAGAGUCAGAGCCAACAGCAGCAGCAGCAGCUCCUGCACAGUCCUAGCGGCACGGGCCUGCCCAAACCCAUUGCGGCCAUCAAAGGCACCAGCAAGUUGCCGCAGCUGGGCGUGCCCCAUGGCUCCGGUGAGCUGCUUAAGCGUGAAUCGAGCGACAUAUCGAACAAUCAGGGCAACAUAUCACAGGAGCAGCCGCAGCAAUCGGCUGCCAGCCAAGCCACACAUAUCCUUAAGGGCUUGCCCUCGACACCACCGCCUCCAUAUUAUGCCAAUGCGCCGCCUCCGCUGCCGCCAUCAUCCUCGGGCAAUCACAUAUCAGCUGUUCACUCUGGCAGCGGCUCGGGCUACCUCAGCGAGCCCAGCACGCCGCAGCAGGGCGGCAUCUAUGGCAGCAGCCGUCUGCCGCCACCGAAAUCCGCGCUCAGCGCACCACGCAAACUGGAGUACAAUGCGGGUCCGCAUAUUCUGAAUGCGGGACAGUCGCCCCGUUUGCCGUUGCAGCGUCCAAUGCACAAUUCGGCGCCCAAUACGCCCACCGGCUCGCCCAGCAAAUUUCAUACGAUACCCUCCAAAAUAGUGGGCACCAUUUAUGAGUCCAAGGAGGAACAGCUGCCGUCCUCUGCAGCCAGCUCCUCGUCCGCCUCCUCGGUGCUGCCCAUGCGCCCACUGCUGCGCGGCUACAAUUCGCAUGUGACGCUGCCCACGCGUGGCGCACGCGGCGGACAAACGCAUCCGCACCAAUCCUAUCUGGACUUUUGCGAGUCGGACAUCGGACAGGGCUACUGCAGCGACGGUGAUGCGCUGCGCGUGGGCAGCUCUGCUGCAGCCAGUCGCUAUCAUGACAUCGACAACGGCUAUCUGUCCGAGGGUAGCAGCGGCUUGAGCGGCACAGGAUCAGCGGGCGGUGUCGCCCAUGGCAAACACUUUCUCAGCAUGAUGCGAGCCAGAACACAGCUACCAACAACCAUUGAAGAACGCAUUCGCAGCAGUCGCGGCUCGCUUGAUAGCAUUGGGACUGCUGCCAACGGCAGCUCGGCGGCAAGCCAGGCCAGCUCCAGCGGCGGCUCUACCAGCAACAACAGCAACAAUAUCAACAACAACAAUAACAAUAACAACAACAAUAACAGCAAAAUGGAUGGCAGUCCACAUCAUCGUCCGGGUUCGCGAAAUGGACGCGAUAACUGGACCAAAAUGCCAGAACCGCUCAACGGCCACAAGGGGGACAAAUCGGAGAAGUCAUCGCCAUCGCGUCGCAGCAUGGGCGGCGGCAGCGGCAGCUCAUCCAAACAGGGCUCGCCCUCGUCCUCGUCGCGCACCAAGGGCGUCCCGCCCAGUUUUGGUUAUGUGAAACGCGCCAAUGGCAGCAUCGCCUCCACGGCGGAGCAACAGAACAUCGCCAUGCUGAUGGCUGUCGGCGGUGGCCAGGCCAUGGUCAAUGGCUUGCCCUGCGGACGCACCGCUCACGUGUCCGCAGUGCCGCGCACCGCCAGUGGCCGCAAGGUCACCGGCGGCACACAAACCCUACCCAAUGAUAUGAACAAGCUGCCACCGAAUACGCAACAUCGCAGCUUCUCGUUGACGGGCCCCACAGCGACACAGCUGAGCCAGUCCAUACGCGAGCGUUUGGCAACGGGUUCGCACAGCUUACCCAAACCUGGCAGCGAUAUGCACGUAUUCCAGCACAGAAUCUCUACGCGUGGAGGCGGGACUCGCCACGAUGGGUCGCUCUCUGAUACGCAAACCUAUGCAGAGGUCAAGCCCGAGUACAGCUCGUAUGCCAUGUGGCUGAAGCAUAGUAAUACGGCGGGCAGUCGGCUCUCCGACGGCGAUGCCAUAGAUCAGCUGCAGAUUGGUUCGCCCGCGAUGACGCGUCAUGGCCACAAAAUGCUGCACAAUCGUGCAUCGGGCACAGUGGGACAAAUGCCCGUUCAGGGCAAUGAAUCGCCCUAUGUGCAGAGUCCGCGCAUGAAUCGCAGCAACAGCAUCAGAUCCACCAAAUCGGAGAAAAUGUAUCCCUCGAUGCUGAGCCGCGGCGGAGAUGUGGAAAUCGAGCCCUACUACUGCCUGCCCGUGGGCACCAAUGGGGUGCUCAGCGCCCAAAUGGCCGCCGCUGUGGCCCAGGCCCAGGCUCAGGCCCAGGCACAGGCGCAGGCUCAAGCCCAGGCACAGGCGGGCAAUGUGGCCGGCAAUGCGGCUGCCGUGGCCUGGAGCCAGCCCACCUCGCCCACGCCCCUCAGUCGCGGCCCCUUUGCGUCAGCUGCGUCUGCGCUGUCGCCCACACACGGCACGGCGGCAGCGGCGCUGGCAGCGGUGGCAGCAGCUGCAGCGGGAGCCGGACACGGCGGCGGCAAUAACGCAUCGCAUCGUCUGACAUAUCCCAAAAAGAAUGAUGAAGUUCAUGGCAGCGCCGCCUCGCUGCUGUCGGGCGGCAGCUCGUUGUACGGCUCGGCAGAGGAGCGACAGGCGCAUGAGAUACGCCGCUUGAAGCGCGAACUGCAGGAUGCACGGGAACAGGUGCUCAGCCUGAGCAGCCAGCUGUCAACCAAUGCCCAUGUGGUUUCUGCGUUCGAGCAAUCGCUAACCAACAUGACCAAUCGCCUGCAGCAGCUGACGGCGACGGCGGAGCGCAAGGAUGGGGAGCUGACAGACAUGCGGCAGACAAUUGAGCUGCUGCGCAAGCAGUCCAUCCAGGCGGGCCUGACCACCGCGCACAUGCAGAGCAUGGGCGUGCAGACGCAGGGCCAGAGCCAGAACGAGCUGAUGCUGCAGCAGAAGCCGCCGCCAGUGCCCGUGGGCAAUGCACGACCUGGAAAUCCCAAUGCCAAUACAAACGGCAAUGGCCUGGGCCUGGGUGUGGGUGGGGGUGUGGCCAUGCAGCGACAACACAGCACGGAUUCGAUGUGCUCGCUGAACUCCAUCAGCUCGGGCUGCUCGGCGGCGCAGGACAAGAACAAGGCGAACAAGAAAAAGGGCUGGCUGCGCAGCAGUUUCACCAAGGCCUUCUCGCGCAAUGCCAAGAUCUCGAAGACAAGUCGCCAUGUGGGACAGCAUCAUCAGCAACAGCAACAGCACGAGCACAGCUCCAGCAAGACGCCGCUGCCUAAUGGACACGGACAUGGACAUGGACAUGGACAUGGACAUGGACACGGACACGGCGAGCCGCUGGGCUUGGCCGCCUUGGCCACGCAGCCGGCACCACCGCUGCCCGUGGCGAAUGCGUCCAGCAAGCAGAGCAGCCCGGCCAAGACGGUGACGCUGAUAGACAAUGCCAAGCCCAUCGAUGCUAUUGAGCAGGAAGAUCAGCAUAUGGUCGAGGAUCUGAAGAAGCAGUUGCGAGAAAAGGAUCUGGUGCUUACAGAUAUACGUUUGGAGGCGCUCAGCUCUGCUUCACAGCUGGAGAGCCUCAAGGACAUGAUGAACAAGAUGCGCGCCGAGAUGAUGUCGCUCAAGCAGAAUAACGAACGUCUCCAGAAACUGGUCACCAGUCGCUCCCUUGCCGGAUCCGAGGCUAGCCUGGGCCAGGCCAUCAGCCCGAAUGGCUCGCUGGGCGGUGGCGCCGGCGGCUCGGAUGCCUCGCGCCGCUACUCACUGGCCGACGGCAAUGCACGGCCACCCAUGGAGCUACCGCCACGUCUAACCGAGGAGCUGGAGGAGGAUUGCAUGCCGCCGGCACCUGCGCCGGAGCCACCACCGCCGCCAGCGCCCAGUGCAGCGUGCGGCGCAGCGCCGCUCAGUCCGAACACACACAUCGAUCUGACGCCACCGCCACCCGCGCUGGAGGCGGCACAGCUGGGCAGCCCGGUGCAUAUGGCCAGCACCGUCGAGGAGCUGCCUGAUGUGUGCGACGGCAAGAAGAUAGCGAUUGCCUGCUACUUGGGCCAGCCCGAAUCGUUUGCCAAGUACUGCGAGGAGCUGCUCGAACUGGAUGACUUCUAUGCGAAUGGCGCCAUCAUUGCCAGCCACGAGGCGGAGCAGGGCCAGGGGCAGCAACUGCAGCAGGGCGAGCGUCAGGCAUCUGGUACGAAUGAGUUUAUCAUUGCCUGCACCUACAUAUCGGGCAAAACGACCUGGCAGAAUCUAGACUAUAUUGUGCGGAAGUCCUUUAAGGAUUAUGUGGCACGCAUUGAUCCAGGCACCAAUUUGGGCCUCAACACAGACUCGAUUACAUCGUAUCAUCUGGGCGAGGCGAAACGUGGCCCUGAAAUGGGCUUCCCGGAGCUGCUGCCCUGCGGCUAUAUUGUGGGCAAUGUGAAGACCCUGUAUAUAUGCCUACAGGGUGUCGGCAGUCUGGCCUUCGAUAGCCUCAUUCCGCGCAGCAUUGUGCAUCGAUAUAUAAGUUUGCUAACGGAGCAUCGACGCUUGAUCCUGUGCGGCCCCAGCGGCACGGGCAAAUCCUAUUUAGCGCGCCGCCUGGCCGAGUUUUUGGUGGCACGCGCGGGCCGUGGUAAUCCAUCGGAGGCCAUCGCCACGUUCAACGUGGAUCACAAGACCUCCAAGGAUCUGCGGCAAUAUCUGGGCCACAUUGCCGAGCAGGCAGCCAUUGCGAAUGGCGUCUCGGAGCUGCCAUCUGUGAUCAUAUUGGACAAUUUGCAUCAUGCCUCCGCACUAGGGGAUGUCUUCUCGUGUCUGCUCAGCGCCGGGCCGGCCACCAAGCUGCCCUGCAUCAUUGGCACCAUGUCGCAGGCCACCUGCAACACAACCAAUCUGCAGCUGCAUCACAACUUCCGCUGGGUACUCACGGCCAACCACAUGGAGCCAGUCAAGGGAUUCCUCGGUCGCUUUUUACGCCGUCGCCUGUUCCAAUUGGAGCUGCAGACGCAGCAUGCGCAGUCCGAGCUUGCCGCGGUACUCGCCUGGCUGCCGUCCGUUUGGCAGCACAUCAAUCGCUUCCUCGAGGUGCACAGCUCCAGUGAUGUGACCAUUGGACCGCGCCUGUUCCUCUCCUGCCCGCUGGAUUUGAAGGAUUCGCAGGUGUGGUUCACGGAUAUCUGGAACUAUCAUCUGUCGCCCUAUCUGAUCGAGGCGGUGCGCGAGGGCGUGCAGCUUUAUGGGCGACGCGGUGGCGCCUGGAACGAUCCCUCGGCCUUCAUACGCAACUCAUAUCCCUGGCCCUAUGGGCCGGACUCGGUGCCGCCGCUGCGUCAGAUAAAUGCCGAGGAUGUCGGCCUGGAGGGCGUGGCCCUCAGCAAUGGAGAGCAACAGGAUCCCUUGCUAAACAUGCUGAUGCGUCUGCAGGAGGCAGCCAACUACUCGGAGACACAGGAUCAGGAAUCGGACUGUGCCAGCCUGGACUCCAAUGUGACACCAGACAGCUCGGCGGGCGCCGAGUAGGUUGUCCCUUCCCCGAUCUUAACUUCUUACAUGCCAAAUUAGUUGUUUUUUGUUUGCGUUGCAACUGAGCGCCUUUGGAAACUGUCCCACAACCACGCACACACACUCCCACACACAUCCCACAAAGGAAAUUUCUUGCACUACUUUCGCAUAAGAGUUCAAAAGCAGUUUCAAGAGUUUUCCAUUUGCACAAAACCAACAAUCUAUCAACCUACACUCUGAGAAAAUGUGUAAAUUAAAUACUCGAAAUCUUUGCAUAAUUCAGCCAAGACUUAAAUUCAUUAAUUGUUUGUAAAUCCAAAUCGCCAAUAUACAAAAGUCAACCACAUUAAUCACUCAAUUGCCAAUUCGCACUAUAAAUAGUUGCUAUUUAAAUCAAGCAUAUUUACCGUCAAUAUUGAAAUCAAGCAAAUUCAGCAAUUAUAAAGAACAGAUCGGUAUGAGUUUUAGCUCGUUCAAAAUAGAAUUAUAAACGAUAUUUCUCUGAGUGUAUUAUCAUUCUCUUACUCUCUCUCUCUCACUCUUCCGUUGUCUCCUAUGUAGAAUUGCACUUUUUAGCGCACUUGUUAAAAAUGCAAAUUGCCAACAUCAGUAAGCCAUAAAUAAUAAUACCAUGCAUCUAUAUUCAUAAAAUCUGGUAACCAUUUGCGUCAGCUCAGCGCAGGCCAAAGACAAAAAUAAAUUGAAAAGAAAGCCCAACAUAUAAUGUUAAAGAAUUGCUAAAGAACAAAAAAAAAAGCACACUUUUUGUAUAUAGAAAACCAAAAACAACCCUAACUACAUUUAAGUAACAGACUCUACGACGGUAUCAACAUUUUAUACCCAAACAAAAUAUCGAUAAACAAAAAGAAAACGGAAAAACCUAUUGUAAAUGUAGCCCUAAGUUUUUGCUACUACCAAUAUUUACAAGAUGUACAUUUAAAGGAAAAAGCUUUCACUUUAGUUUAAUUAUUUGCAUAAUUAUUAUUAAAUAUUGUUACAAACAUAUUGCAUAUUUAUAAAAACGAUAACUAUUUAAACAAUUUAUUAUGCCAUACAGCGCUUAACCACAGCAGCAGCAUAAAUGCAAGAAAUCAAAUACGUAAAGCCCCCCAAUCCCCCAAAAUAACAAAUAGCAAAAUUAACAAGCAUGACGUCUAAACCAAAUAGAUGAAGACGAAGAGCAACAACAACAACAACAACAGCAGCUAAACUAACAGCUAAAAUACAUAUUUAUAUAUAAAAUACAAUAUUGCAAUUAUAUGUCCUGUCUCUGUCUAAUUUAACUGUGUACAUUUAUGAGAUGUGAAAUCAAAUCAAAAUCAAAUAAAUUAAAUUACAUAUAAUAA